CCAGCCCAUUUUCAAGAGAAUGUACAUAUGUCUGGGGGCCCUUAAGAAUGGAUUCAAGGCAGGUUGUAGGGCUGUUAUAGGAUUAGAUGGUGCUCAUCUAAAGAGUGCUUUUGGAGGGCAACUCUUGACAGCCGUUGGGAUCGAUGCCAACAACACCACAUGGGUCAUAGCAUAUGCAAUGGUGGAGAAUGAGACUAAAGAUUCGUGGAUUUGGUUUCUGCAGUUAUUGGGAAAAGAUUUGGAUAUCAAUGAUGGUGGAGCCGGGUGGACAUUUAUAAGUGACAAACAGAAGGGAUUGAUGCCUGCUUUUGAUGACGUGGUCCCCUUAGCACAUAUCAGAUUCUGUGCGAGACAUAUGUGGACUAACUUCACAAAGUUAUUUCCGGGGAAACAGAUGAAGGACCAGAUGUGGAAGUGUGCUAAAGCAACCACAAUUCCUUUCUAUUUAAAAGAAAUGGAAGAUAUGAAACAGUUGAAUGAGAAGGCAUAUGAUUGGAUGAAAGAACCUGAAAGGCCCCCAAAACAUUGGUGCAGGGCUUUCUUUAACACUGCACAGCAGUGUGACAUUCUAAUCAAUAACUUGUGCGAGAGUUUUAAUGGAUGGAUAAGAGACGCUAGGGGUAAGCCACCUCUAUCCAUGUUUGAAGAAAUCCGAGUGAAGCUAAUGACAAGGAUUCAGCUUAGAAGGGCAAAAAUGCAAGCUUACCAUGGUAACAUUUGCCCCAAAGCAAGGAAAACACUUGAAAAGAAUAAGUUGAAGGCCGCUACAGACUGUAUUUCUACCUUCAAUGGAGGUCACCAAGCUGAAGUUGAGAACUUUGGUGGCUCUAAGAAUACUGUGGACCUGAAUCUAAGGACAUGCUCUUGUCGAAGGUGGGACUUGUCGGGAAUUCCUUGCAAACAUGCAGUCUCGGCUAUUUUCCAGAAGAGGGAGGACCCGGAUGAUUACGUUGCUGAAUGCUACCUCAAGAAGACCUAUAUGGCAAUAUACAGCAACCUCAUAAUGCCUGUUAAUGGUAUGGAUCUUUGGUUAAGAGGUGAAGGACCAGCAAUGUUACCUCCCCAAUAUACAAGACAGCCGGGACGACCAAAAACUGUGAGGAUUAAAGACUCUUCAGAGAAAGCUAAGGGAUCUGGUACUAAACUAGGAAGAGUACAGAAAUCACUCAAGUGUGGCAAUUGUGGGGUCCUAGGUCACAAUAUGAAGACAUGCCAUCGACAUCUGCCACCAAAGGAGAAAAGUUCUGCCCUUAAUAAAAGGAGGAAGCUAAACAACGGGGAGGGUUCUGAAACUCAGCAGAUCAAGAAGGGGAAAAAAACAACCUUGACAAAGAAUGAAUUGAGGAAGAAAGCCAAAGAAACAGCCGAGUAUCAAAGGAAGAAGAUGGCUUCCAUGAAGGCCUCAAGAGCAGCAAGAACCAAAUCUGCUCCAAUCGGCUCAAGGAGUGUACCACCACCACCUGCCCCAACAAGGCCACCACCAACUGCCAGUUCAAGGCCUGUACAAAGUUCUCAAGCAUCCAGCACCAAGGCUGCAAACCCAACUAGAACCUCGCAAAGAAUUAGACAAAACUCAGGUACAGGAGGUGGGAAAUAGUUGAACUCCAAUUUCACAUUAGCAAGCCCUGCAAUUCUAUUUUGUAAACCCUUUUCGUGCAAUCUGUUGGUAUUUGCAAACUCAUGACAUUUUUUUUGUUAGAUAUGGUGUUUAAUUGAACAGAUUAUUGGGAUAUAUUGUUGUAAGGCUCUAUGUUUUUUUGCUUUUGUCAAGUUAGAGCUGCAUUGUAGUGUUGUGUUCAUGGGUUUGCUAUUAGAUGAAAUUGGAUGGAGGACUUGGAUGUAUCUUUUGGUUAUUAUGAACAUCAGUGGAUGCAUUUGAAUCUA